GGGCUCUGCAACAAAAUGUCGAGUUCAGAAUCGCCAUUGAUAAUACAGUCAUCAGGCUGGGGCGGGAACGAUGGCAAGUGGUCUGUUUACCAAGUCGACGUUGGCACACCUGCGCAGAGAUUCAACAUCCUGCCCGCGACAUCCGAUGGCGAGAUCUGGGUACCUGUGCCAGAGGGAUGCGACUCUUCGAUACCGAACUGCGCAACUUCGAGAGGCAUAGAGUCUGUGGACGGGGCGCAGAGCAGAGGGUUCCAGACCAACGAAUCCAGCAGUUGGCAACAAAUCGGCAUAUACGACCUCAGCGCAGACGACUCUCUCUUCCCGAAUUCUGGCGAUGCUGCACUGUAUGGGUUGGAGAAUGUCUCGCUGGGUGCUCUCAAUGCCGCCUCACUGAGCAACCAGAUCGUCGGCGGCAUAUCCAGCUACAACUUUUGGCUCGGAAUCAUUGGGCUCGGUGCGCAACCAGCGAGAUUUUCGAAUUUGCCAGACACUGCUGCAACGGUGUUGAGCUCAGCAAAGCAGCAGAACCUAUCUGCUAGCGUCUCGUAUGGAUUCAGCGCUGGCGCGGCUUAUCGAAAUGCGCCUGGAAGUAUCAUCAUGGGUGGAUACGAUCGCGCCGCAUUCGAGCCUAGCAAUCUUAACUUCCCACUCGCGUUCGCUGGUUCCAGGUCCUUGACUGCUCGACUGAAGAAUUUGGUCAUCUCGAACACGUUGCAAGGGACAAUCUCACCUCCUGUCGAAUCUGGCGGCCUAAAUAUGUCAAUAGACUCGACCGUUGCGCAGAUCUGGCUCCCAGGAUCGAUUUGUGAUACGCUUUCUGCUGCAUUAGGUCUUCAGUACGACAACAGCACCGAACUGUACUUUGUAAAUUCCACUGCACAUCAAAGUCUUCUUAGUCAAGCCCCGGAGUUUACUUUCACAUUAGCAGCAGCGGGAUCGCCGAACACGACGACAAACAUCGUCUUACCGUAUGCAGCAUUUGACCAGCAGAUCGGUCAGCCAUGGUCCACCGAGGACACGACGUACUUCCCGAUCCGAAGAGCUGCAAACGAGAGCCAACUUGUGCUUGGCCGCACGUUCUUGCAAGAAGCAUAUCUUGUGGUCGACUGGGAACGCCAGAAUUUUACACUUGGUCAAUCCUUGCAUCGACCGGGUGUGUCGAACGACAUCGUCACCAUUGAGCCUGUGACAAACAGCAGCAAUUCGAGCAAGAUCUCUAUAGGUGCAAUAGCCGGCAUUGCAGUCGGCGCCGUCCUGCUGAUAGCCGCGAUCUGCGGCGGGAUCUGGUUUUUCCGACGCAAGAAGCGCCGAGAGCAGCGUGCGAGGGACGAAACUGCCGACGCUGAGGCUCGGGCUAGAACCGAAGCUGCAGUGGACAUGUAUCCGCCUGACAAGAAGGACCCAAUUGGCGAAUACGAAGGCGAUGCAGAGCUGCCAGGUCACACUCGCCCUAACAAGCUCGAAGCAGAGCUGAUGGCGGAAUAUCGACAUGAAAUGCCGUCGCCGUAUAAAGAGAAGGACAAUGUGUUCGUGUCGGAGCGACCAGAGCUCUUUGGAGGAGAUUCGGCUCAAAUGCUGGGGUCGAAUGAAAUAUAUGAACUACCCGGACACGAGGCCGCGAAGGAGAUGGAUGCUCCAGCUUCCGGCGAGGCGAGCGAGAUAAGCAAACCACAAUCGGCGCCAGAUGGGGAGCAGUCGCCUGAUGGCACCCAGGUCCCGAUCGGCACACUCGAUAGGCUUGGAUGGGGCCGCGGAGAUGGUCGUCCGAAUACUUGA